ACAAGCUGUGGUGGUUAAGUGGCUCAUUCAACGGUUGACUCAAACAAACCUUAGUUAUGCUAGGUAGAUUUGUUCACGCCAACCGCGACAACAUAAAUAUAGUUUGCUUAUGAACACUAGUUUGCUAGCUGAUUAAUUAAGUUAAUUUAUCAUUCCCGAAAUGAAACCAUUGGAUUCUGAUGAGGAUGAAGAGUUGGGGGCUUAUCAGAAGAAACUGAGAGAGCGGGCAAACCGCAGCAUCCAGCAGCUCAGAGGUGUCCUGGCGGGGCGGAGUUCGGAUGGAGAGCUUGUGGAAGGCAGGGGUAGCCACUCCCCUGGCAGUCCGGGCGGAGAGGCAUCAUCGUGGACCCAGCGUCAGCAGAGUGAAGCUGUCAAUCAGCUGUGGUCUCUCCUGCAGAAGCAGCAAGGAGCAUCAUCCCCUGUCACUCCCUCCAAGACAAGAUCUUCCAAGGGACUUCCAGAUGAAGCAGCCUCCAGCCUACCUAGCGUCCAGGACCUCGUCCCAAUUAUCCACAACCAAUCAGAAUACAUCCAGCACCUGGAGGCAGAAGUCAAGUUCUGCAAGGAGGAGCUCGUGAGCAUGAAGCAAAGGAUCAGAGUAGUGGUGGUGGACAACGAGAAACUUCAGGGAGAACUCAAGUCCAAGAUGGUGGAGGAGACCCUGAAAGACUACACUCUCCUCGAUGCAACGGUGACUGAACCUCCCCCCUCAGUCCCCCUCAGACCAGGAGCCCCCAGCAUUCACAGCCCUGGGCCUUCUGAAGACCACCACUGGAGGAAAGAGCUGGAGCAGCUGAAGGUGCUGUAUCAAGCCCAGACAGAGACUCUGGAAGCCCAGGUCACGUCUCUGAGGAAAGAGCUGGCCAGCUGUCGGAAGGAGGGUGAAGAGGUCAAAUGUCGCCUUAGGCAUCAGGAGACGGCGGCGGCGGCGUCACGCGGCGCCCAGCCCACCGUGGGCGGCCUGUGUCUCAAGUGUGCCCAGCACGAGGCUGUGCUCGCAGAGACCCACUCCAACAUGCACGUCCAGGCCAUAGACAGGCUCACCAAAGAGAGGGAUGAGCUCAUGGCGGUGCUGUGCUCGGUGAGGGUCAGCCAGAGCGAGGCCCAGCAGAGAGAGUGGGCGUCCUACCAGCAGGUCAAACAGGCCGUGGAGAUGGCUGAGGAGGCCAACCUGGAGAAGACACGGGCAGCUGUGCAGUGUGAGCAGUUGGGCAGGGAGCUAUCCAGGCAGAGGGAGAGGCUGGAGAAGGAGCUGGCCGGCCAGCAGCAGAAGCUCUCCGAGGCCAGAGAGGAGGCUCGGAGCGAGGCCCGCAAGGAGAAGGACGCGCUGGCCCAGACGGUGGCGGGUCUGUCCCAGCGUGUGGCUGAGCUGCAGGGUCAGCUGGAUAAGGGGGGCAGAGAGGGGGCCUCGCUGAACGCUCAGCUGGACGAGGCACUACGCAAACUCGGCGCUCAGGAGCAGGACAGCAGCAAGGUGUGCGGGGAGCUGAGGUACCAGCUGAGUCAGGCCCAGCUGAGGAGAGAGGAGGCGGAGCGAGGGCUCAGAGAGACCUCCUCCAAGACCUCCAGACAGGUGGAGCUGGCCGGACAGGAAGUACAACGCCUGGGUCAGGAGCUGAUUGGCUGCCGGCAGCGAUUGGAGGCAGCCCAGAGGGAAGCUAGCCAAUCCCAGGCCGAGGUUCUGAGCCUGAUGGAGCAGCUGGGACAGGCCCGCCACCAACUGCACCUCACCAGGCAGGAGAGGGAGGUGUGGGAGCGUUGCCGUGGCGAGGACAUGGCGGCCGUGACCCUCUCAGCACAGCAGCGAGAGCAGGAACUCACACUCCGGCUGCAGCAAACAGAGGCGCAGCACGAGCGCUACGCGGCGGAGCUUGACAGUCUGUUGAGCUCCCAGAACGCCUUAAUUGGGAAGCUAAAGGAGGAGUGUUGCAUUCUGGGAGCCAGGCUGGAGGAGCUGACUGAAACUAGCAGUGGCGAGGUGGAGCAGAUAGCCCUGGAGAAGCAGCAUCUAGAGGAGACGCUGGAGAAGCUGAGGACUCGCUCUGCUGCCAUGGAGGAGCAGUGUGUCCAGCAUGGCAGGAUGCACCAGCGCAUGAAGAACAGGCUCCAGCAGUUAGACCAGCACUGCCAGUCCAGUGCCCAGCAGGUGUUGGAGUUGCUGGCCAGACAGAACCAGCUUACACAAGAACGGCACGUCCUCAAUGAGGAGAUGCAGAACCUACGCAUACAGUUACCGAGUGCCAAUAGCUGAUGCCUGGCAACAGAAGGCCCCAUCAUUCAGAGAUCCCCCUCUGCAACACUUGUCAAACUCUAUGUAUUAGUCGUGAAUUAUGGAGCAGUGUUUGUAAUUGUGUUUUUUAGAAAACAUUUGUAUUUUUCUGUAUUAGCUGACAGUGUAUUUGCUUUUAUAUGAGAAUCAAAUUCGAAAAGGUGAUUCUUAAUUAGGAAUUUCACUUUGAAUAAAUGUUUCUAAAA